AUGACUAAGAUAGAUAAAGAAGUGACACCAAGUCAACCUGAUGAACUGUCCAAAGAUCAAAAGAGAAGAAAGUUAAAUAAACACGGAAAAAAAGAACGUACUCACUUGCAAUGUGAAUAUUUCAUAGCUAAAAAGAAUAGAAGAUGUUGUAUGCAAAGGAAAGCAGAUCAAAAAUAUUGCUCCGAGCACCUAGUUGAUAAUAAUGAACCAGAUAAAGGUGAAAGAGUUCCAUGCCCAUUAGAUAAUAAUCAUAGUGUGUGGAGCAAAAAUUUGGCAAAUCAUUUAAAAAAGUGUAAUGCAAAGCCGAAAGAAAAAGAAGAAAUAUGGUACGAAAAAGAUCUCAAUACGAAGUUUGGAGUGGAUAUUACAGAAGAUUCAGAAACCAAGAAUGAUGAUAAUGACAAUGAUGAAGAUGAUCUCAAUGAAAAGGAAUUAUAUGAAAAAUAUAUACCUAUUUUGAGAAAUUUAAAAGGCCAUUUUGAACCUUUAGAGUUUAGUAUUAGUAAACAUAGCGGGCUAAAGAAUCGCUUGUCUGAGGUAUCUAACCAGAAGCAUGCAAUACAACAAUCAUCAUUGAUAGGAAAUAUGAAAAAGAGAGGAUUGUUGGAUAUAGAUAAAUUUUAUUUAGAGUUUGGCUGUGGAAAAGGAGAACUAUCAAGAUUUGUUAACUUGAGUGUCCUAGAAGAUUUACAAAUCGAAGACAUACCUCGAAAAUCAAAAUAUGGGUACGGAUUUAUCGAUAGGGGUGUAAAUAGAAUGAAAAUGGAUUCCAAAAUAGUAAAAGACGCCAAAGAAAAUAGAAUUGAGGUAGAUCUCACAACCAAAAGGUCAAAGAUAGACAUUAAAGACUUGAAUGUUGAUAAAUUUUUAGAAAAUAUAGAUCCAGAACAUGUGGUUGUCAUUUCAAAACAUUUAUGUGGGGCUGCGACAGACUUGACUUUCAAGCUGUUACUUAAUUCGUCAUUAUUACAAGGAAAUAGUGAUAGAUUCGGUGGGCUUCUAAUUGCAAUGUGCUGCAGGCAUGUCUGCGCAUACGAUCAAUUACUUCCAGAAUCAAGAGCAUUUUUACAAAGCAACGGGUUUCGUUCAUUGAGAUCAUUCAAUAUUUUGAAAAAAAUAGUUUCAUGGGCUGUUUGCGGUAAACGCGAUGGCAUCAAUGAUGAAUGUACUGGCGAGCACAUAAGUGGAUUAAGUUUCAAGGAAAGAGAAGAGUUGGGGUUAGUUGCACGGAGAUUAAUUGACGAAAGUAGAGUUUUUGCCAUGAACCUCUUAGUUAAUCCAUUAGGAUUCCAUACAGAAAUGUUCUGGUACGUGGAAAAGGAAGUCACUCUUGAAAACGUAUGUCUCUGCAUCAUUCCUAAUUCGAAUUGA